CUGGGGGGCAGGGCACGGCAUGGGGGACUGUACUGUUGUCAGUCUCCUAGCUUACAGUGGCUCUUGUCUCUUUGUAGCAUCCACCUUCCUCUGACGCCCUCCCAUCUCCUCUGGCCUGAGGCUCUGAGUUCUACUCUCCUUCUCUCCCCCAGCUGUGCUCUGAUCCACUUUUACAAGAUGAGCACCACCAAUGUGGAUGAUGCUAAACCAGAAGAUGUUAAACAAGAAUCUGAGAAAAAGAUAUUUUAUUGUGAGGUUUGUAAAGUUCCGUGUAUGAGUUCUAUAAGCCUUCAGUCACACUUCCGUGGAGCAAAACAUAAAAAGAAAGAGAGAGCCAUGAAUGCUUAUCGUGCUCCUGCUCCAGUGAUAUAUGAAACACAGAGACCAGUUAAGCGGAAGCUUACAAAGGACAUAACCUGUCUGAAAGAUUUUAUGAAAGAUCCCAAAAGAGAGGAACCUCUAGUUGGUUUAGAACAUGUGGUCGAAAUCAGAUUUGAAGGGAGGAGAGAGCCACAUUAUGAAUGCAAACUGUGUGAAUUUAACACGGAGAUGGCACCUAUGAUAGAACAUCUCAGUGGCUAUAAACACAGAAGAGCAUAUAUUUCUAAAGAAUUUCCAGAUAAAAUGAAGAAAAACACACCAGGUGUGAAAGAGGACAAAGUCUCAUUUCUCAGACGGAUAGCGAGAGAGAUAGAAAAGGCUGAAGGUUUGAAAAUGUAUAAGACUGAAGGUUAUACAAGACCCAGUAUAUCUUCCUCAUCAUCAAAGAAAAAAUCAAGGUGGGAAGAUGAUUACAAGCCUGAGAAUGAUCCAGUUCGAAAGCAGAAAGCCCUAGAAUACUUGGAAUCUUUUCGGGUCACCUCAGACACAGAAGCAACUCUGGUAGUUAGUAUUACACAACAGCUGACCGAAGCUUUGAAGACCUUUUGUAAAAAGAAAGCAGCUGUCAAUUAUGCCAGCAGCCUGAGGCCAUUGAUGUCAAUAUCUCAAGAUGAGCUUUCAGCAGGAAAAAACAUCCAAAAACCAUACAAGUCUUAUGACAAUUACAAAGGCAAUUCAGGAAAUACUAAUUGGAAUCAAGAUUUUUCAUCUCAAAGACCUGAACAGGAACAAUUUACAUCACAAUUGGAUGCAAACACUUCAUUCACCACUGCCAGUUCAUAUAGUUACCAAACAGGUGAUGGAUCAUCCUCAUAUGGACUAAAACCUAAUGAUUCUGCAACAAUGGCUGCACUCAGUAAUUCAUUUGCCCUUCAGACGGGAGGCUUUGCUACUGGGAUCAAUGAAUGGCUGAAGCAAUUCAACCAAUCUGCUUCUGUAUCCUCCCAGUCCACUUCAGUUGGAGGCACCUCUCCCUACUUCACAUAUUCAGGGAGUGGGUAUUCAACAGAAUACAAGUCUAAUAGUGCCCAAGGAAACAAAACUACGGCACCUGAUAACAGAAUGGCUUAUGGUGUUGGAGGUACAAAUUGGAAGAGUCAAAGAGCAUUUCCAAAUACAAGGAAUUUACCUGACCAGAGAUCAUCCUAUUCUGCUUCCUCUGCUACAUAUCCUUCAUCUGGAGGAUAUUCGACAAACUACCCUUUACAAGGCUGUUCAUCUUACUACAGAGGUGGGUCUUCAAAUUCCACUUCUUCAUCAAGAGGUGGUUCUAGUUGGUCAGAAGAAUCAAGAUAUCAGAAAUCAAAUUUCAAGACUGAUUCGGCCUCAUUUCGUUCCUCCUCUUCUGUCCACAAUUCAUACAAAGAUUACCAACAACAAAACAGAGAGUCAGAUAAGAUGUUUGAUGAAGAUGCCAGUGGUCUUACUCCCAACAUUCUGCAUAGACUUCAAGGAAAGGAUGUACCUACAAUGACCAGAAUGCUCAAGCAGCUGACUCCAUAUUAUCCAGCACUUCAAAAAAUCAAUAUUGAAACAUUAGUCAAAGCAUUAAUUAAAACUAGAGAAAUAAAUUAAGAAGAUAAAACAGCUGAAUUGGAACUGAUGAACAGAACACUGAAGAAUCUUCACUUCAAGUUUUUAGGAAACAAACUCAACAAUUUGGUUUUGGAUGUGGUUUGUUUGGUUUUGUUUGUUGUUUGUGGAAGGGGGAUAGGGUUUAUGUUUUUAGUACAGUAAAAAUGUAGUUGGAGCACAAAUUAUUGUCAUGGAGAUGAAUACACUGUUCAGGUAUUUUUAUGCAUUUGUUAAAUAUUUUUAGUAGAUUGCACUGGAAACUCUUGGUUUUUGAGGGGCUGGUUAAUAUUAAUCACCCUUUUCCAAAAAGUUUUUGUAUGUUACAAUCCAUUUAGGAAGAAUAUUCACUGAAAAUAGAGUUCCAUUGCAUGAAAAAUACAGAAAUGCAUUACUUCACAUAUAAACCAAUGGCCAGUUCUUCUAAUUUUAGACUUUAUAAUGAGUUAGGAUACUUCUUAGAAGUGACUAUACUGAAUUUCUUUUUGGAACACAUUAAAAUGAUGGGCCCUAAACAAAAUGUUUCUCCUCCUGUGGACUUAAAAUGUGCUCUUAAAUAAUAAAAUGCAAACACUUGUUAGUGGAAAAACUUAACCAAUUUUAUUUUUAAAUUGUAAAAAUGCACACAAAUAUGGAAAUACAACCAGAAUUCUAUUGUGUAGAAUAGCAUUCUGCAUUUUCAGUUUUUAUUUGUAAAAAUAAUAAUCAGGGCAUUUUGCAGUGUUUAUUUUCCAAACAUUAAAACCAGAAUGAAAUUGGGUUAAAAUUUAAAAAAUAGAAAAAUGGGGGGGGGGGACGACGACAAAAAACCCUUUUGUAAUAUACACAUUUUACUACAGUAUAAACUUUUUUUAAUGUACAAAGGGAUAUUUUGUGUGUCUCAGAGCUAGUAGUUUUUCCAGGUAUCCUGGUUUGCAUAUGCUCGCAUCAUUUUCUCCUAAGUAUGCUCACUCAUAUUGAGCCUCUUGCUGUCUUGGAGGUAAUCCAACUUUGAAAAUGUGCACUCUGCAUCAAUAAAUCCAGGGGGUACACUCAAAGCUCGCAGUGCUACUUUGCUGAAGUUGGGAAGUAUGUCUUGAUGACUGUUCCAAAAAGCCCAUACAUCCAGUUUUGCAUUGUCAGGAUUAGGCAAGUUCAUGUAAGUAGUAAAUUCCCCUUUCAGAUUUGAAAUCUUAUCUUUAGUGGCAAAUGGUUCAAAGGCUCUGGCAUAAUGGUCAUAGUUUGCUGCAAAAUUCACCUUGAGGAAGGGGUGCAACACCUGGAUGACAUUCCAAAAAGUAUCUUCGGCACCAAACACUUUGGGGUUCAGAUCAUGGGUCAUGGGCGUCUCCCAUUUCUCGCUGAGUAUUGUGUUGACCGUUUUGAAUGCUUUUGUGGUUUUCUUGUGUUCUGGGGUCCGAAGGAUUUCCAGAAAUGGCUGAGUUUUCUCAUCAUAUGUUUCUCCUGCACCUUUUGUGUUCAGUUCAGCUGAGAUUUUGGUUGUCUGGAUCCAGUAAACCUCUGUAUUGGCAGUAGUCUGAGAAACACGGAAAACACUGGAAUUAUCACACAAUGAUUCCAAGUUUUCAACAGUGAACAUUAUCUUGGUGCGCAGAAUCUGGUAGUCAUUCUGGUUAUUUGCCAGUCUCUUCAGAGUUUCUGCUUUAGAACCAUCAAACUCGGGAUGAUCUAGAGAUGCAUUAGCACAAUCCACGCAUUAUUUAUAUGACCGGCAGUGAAGUACAAGCUCUUCCACCAAUGUGGCACAACAGGGGUAGAUAAUCAGCAGUCAGCUCUGCACUCAUCUUGCACUGUGUAAAACAAAACCUUCAGCUUGUCUGCAUGCUUGAAAAUGGCCCCGAAGCCAGUGAUGGAAGAUUUCAACUCUUUCAUUUCUUCUGUAGCAGUGGCUGCUUACAGCGCAACAUUAAUCAGAUGAACAGGACAGGUAAUAUGUCGCAGCUCCGGUUUUUGAGUGAGUUUAAUCUCCCAUGCAAACGUAACCAUCUAGGAAGCAGAAUCUGUGUUAGUUGUGGCCAAGUUUUCCCAAGUUAGUUGGUACGUAUCAAACAUGUCAGUUAUUGCUGUGUCGACAAAAUGGGUGGCAGCAAAUGGAAUGAAUGUCACAUGAGCACAAACAAUUUUGCUUUGUUUUCGUUUUUUAUUUCAAUCCGGUGUUCCAACACAUCAGACUCGUCAAAAAUCAGACUAGCGACCACAUUGCCAUCAGUUUACAUACUAAAGCAUCGCCAUUUUCUUUCAGAUACAUAUGAGUGAGGAUGUCUGCAUUAGGAAGGGUUUUUGCUGCUGGACAGUAUUGUGACAUGGUCACCAAUAGGCCCUUCUGCAAUUAACUAAUUGUCCAGCAAAACAAAGAGCGCACACACACUCAUUGACACAAUCGUACUUCAUUCUCUUUCAUUAAUGCGCUAGUGAAAGCUCCUGAUAUUGACUGUUUAUCCCAAAGCUCACCACCUUCUUCAAGCAUCUUGUGUUGCUUGCUUUCGACAUGCUCCUUUAUUCUGUCAGCAUGAACACUAACCUCAGUGCUGCAGUACUCGCAGCGUAAUGCAUCCUCUUCACUCCCCUCUUUACUUUUCUUGAAAAUUUCUAAGCACUGAUUUUUCCUGCUGGUUUUCAGGCAUAGAUUUGCGUUUUCACCCCAUGUUUCCCUUUUUACCUUAUCUUUAUCUGUGAAGGAUUGAUUGUUUAAAUUCAGCGCCACACUAAACAGAUGCAAAGAAAUAGGUGGGCAAUGUCUCCUUGUGAGCCAAUAAUAGUGCGCUAUUAACAUUGUCAGUUUUUCCGAUCUCUACCGUGUGCGUGUUCUGUUUUACACUACAGAAUUGCUUUAAUCUCAGCGCUGCAGGACACAACAAUCAUGUAGUGUUAGUGUUUAACAAAGUAAGUACCCCCCAAAAAUAGAGUGGAUUGAUAAAUGGGUGUAAAUCAGUAAAAACUGAACUACUCUUUAAUUAAAAAAAAAUGGUAAUGGUGAAAAUCGGUAAAAACUGAAAACACAGAACAGCAAGAAUGAGACAGUUACAAAUCAUCAUGAGGCCUAGAACAACGUACUUAAGUCAGCACCAGCCAUGUUAAGACAGGUUUCAGAGUAGCAGCCGUGUUAGUCAAGACAAUUGGUGAUUCACACCAGAAUAGAAAUUCUUCCUUCGUUUCAUUAUCAAAAACAAACUAGGAAAUAUUGGAACCUGUGUGAAAUCCAAUAUAAGUAUUGGGGUAAAGUUCAAAUAGAAAAAAAAAUCACAAACUUAAAAAUUAAGUGAACGCUUUUCAAUUCAUAAUUACAUUGAGGUUCUGAUUUCUCUCCCUCCCCUCCUGUGGUGCCGAAAUCCAACUUCAUUAAGAGUUAUGAAUGCACAGUACCUUUUUUUUUUUU